AGCAACAUCUCUCCUCUCUCUCUUUCUCUCUCUAAAUCUCUCUCUCUCUCUAGAAAUCUCAUAUUUAAUUUUUUCGUCAACAAAAUUAAAUCAAUCGAAACAAUGGGACUGUCAAUUGACAACUCCGGCGACGGCGAAUGCUCCCACCCACACACACACAAGGUCUUCCUCCUCAGCAACUACAUACUCCUCGGCGCCGCCUCCAGCUGCAUCUUCCUAACACUCUCCCUCCGCCUCUUCCCCUCUCUGAUCGGCUUCCUCCUCAUCCUCCUCCAGAUCAUCACCAUCGCCGGCGCCGUCUCCGGAUGCGCCGCCGCAUCCCGCACCGCCACCUCCGCCGGGAAAUUCUACGGCGCGCACAUGGUGGCGACCGUCCUCACCGCCAUCUUCCAGGGCUCGGUAUCCGUGCUGAUCUUCACACGCCCCUCCGAUUUCCUCGGACACCUGAAAUCGUACGUGAGGGUGGACGACGGCGUCAUGAUACUGAAGCUCGCCGGCGGACUCUGCAUCCUGAUCUUCUGCCUCGAGUGGGUGGUGCUGACGUUGGCAUUCUUUUUGAACUACUAUGCUUACGUGGAGAGGAGGGGUAUUAAUGGAAAUAGCGGUUACGGAAUGAGGAGUGGCAAAGUUCAAGACGAUGAGGAUUUGAAGACGUGGCCGUGGCCCUUCCAGGUCUAGAAUAUUUGGAUUUUGUUGAAAUCAUUUAUUAAUUUAUUUAUUUAUAUUUUGGGAACUAUAUAUUUAUUUAAUUAAUUUCUAUUGUAAUGAUGUAGCGAUGGAGGAUUAUCGCUGUAAUAUAAAUAUUAUUUGAAUUUUUGGUUCAUUUA